UUGUUGUCUUAUUGUUUCGAAAACCAUUAAUAACAAGACAAUAAAGACUUCACUCUCAAUUCAGUGUUUGGUAAUGAGACUGCAAUCUCUCAUUUUCCGCCCAAUCACUCACUUCUCUUCCAAGACCUCAAAAUUGCAUUCUCUCAGCAACCCUCCCUCUUCCUCCCUCAAAGAUUUCUCCGUUUCCGAUGAAAUCCACUUCAUUCUCAACUCUGUUAACCCCGUGGAACCCGCAUUGGAACCUCUGCUCCCUUUCCUUUCUCCCGAUAUCGUCACUUCCGUUAUCCGAAACCAACCCAACCCUCAAAUGGGUUUCCGUUUCUUCAUCUGGGCGAUGCAGAGGAAGCGCCUACACAGCUACGCAUCCGAAAAGCUUGUUCUCGACAUGUUGAUCCGCAAGGACAAUGCCUUCGACAUGUUAUGGCAAACUCUCGAGGAAGUCAAGGAAUGCGGAGUUGUGAUCGCGCCCAACGUCUUUAAGAUCUUGAUCUCGGGGUAUUGGAAGAUGGGUUUCGAGGAAAAAGCCGUGGAGUGUUUCGAGAAGAUGAAAGGUUUUGAUUGCAAGCCUGAUUUGUUUACUUUCAAUGCUAUAUUAUACGUUUUGAUUCGUAAGAAGGUACUUUUGUUAGCUUUAGCUGUUUACAAUCAGAUGUUGAAGUCUAAUCAUACGCCUAACAAAGCUACUUUUAGUAUUUUGCUUAAUGGCUUGUGUAAAGACGGGAAAACUGAGGAUGCACUUAAGUUGUUCGAUGAAAUGACUCUGAGGGGUAUAGAUCCAAAUAGGUGUAUAUAUACCAUAAUCAUUUCGGCUUUGUGCGGAGCUGAAAGGGCUGAUGAUGCUUGUAGGUUGUUAGGUAAGAUGAAGGAGAGUGGCUGUUCCCCUGAUUUUGUUGCUUAUAAUGCUUUGCUUCAUGGGUUUUGUGAGUUGGGUCGGGUUGAUGAAGCUAUAGCACUUUUGCAGUCUUUUCAAAAGGACGGCUUUGCACUCGAUUUACGCUGUUAUAGUAGUUUUAUUAACAGUUUGUUUAAAGCUAGGAGAUAUGAGGAAGCCACUGAAUGGUAUACAAAGAUGACUGAGGAGAAUAUUACGCCUGAUGUCGUUUUAUAUGCAAUCAUGCUCCAGGGUUUAUCAAAAGCAGGCAAAGUUGAUGAUGCAAUGAAGUUGUUGAAUGAGAUGAAUGAAAGAGGUUUAGUUCCCGAUACCUACUGUUACAAUGCUGUGAUUAAAGGGUUUUGUGGCAUUGGUCUUUUGGAUCAAGCACGUUCCCUUAAGCUUGAGAUUUCAAAACAUGAUUGCUUUCCUAAUACCUGCACUUACACGAUUCUCAUUAGUGGUAUGUGCAGGAAUGGGUUGGUUGGGGAGGCUCAGCAAAUUUUUGAUGAGAUGGAAAAGCUGGGAUGUUAUCCCUCAGUUCAUACAUUUAAUGCUCUUAUUCAUGGACUUUCUAUGGCUGGUCAGCUUGAGAAAGCAAACCUUCUGUUUUACAAAAUGGAAAUAGGGAGAAAUCCUUCGUUGUUUCUUUGGCUUUCUCAUGGACCCUCACGAGUUCUUGACAAUUCAAGCCUACGAACUAUGGUCGAGCAACUUUAUGAGUCUGGAAAGAUUCUUAAGGCAUACAGGAUUCUUAUGCAACUCGCUGAUGGUGGGAAUGUACCCGACAUCUUUACUUACAACAUAUUGAUCCAUGGGUUUUGCAAAGAAGGCAACAUUAAUGGUGCUUUCAAGCUGUUCAAGGAGAUGCAACUCAAGGGGAUUUCUCCUGAUAAUGUGACCUAUGGAACUCUUAUUAAUGGUUUCCAGAGAGCUGGAAGAGAAGAUGAUGCCUUUAGAAUCUUUGAUCAAAUGGAAAAGAAUGGGUGUAAACCCAGUUUGGCAGUUUAUAAAUCACUUAUGACUUGGUCAUGUCGAAGAAGGAAGGUUUCAUUAGCUUUUAAUCUUUGGUUGAAAUAUCUGAGCAGCCUUCCUGGUCGGGAAGAUGCAGUUAUCAAAGAAAUUGAAAAACAUUUUGUUGAGGGAGAAGUAGAAAAGGCAAUUCUGCAUUUGCUCGAUCUGGACUUCAAAUUAAAUAAUUUUAGUUUAGCACCCUAUACAAUCUGGCUUAUUGGGUUCUGUCAAGUAAGAAAAGUUGAAGAAGCUUUGAAGAUAUUCUUUAUUCUGGAUGAAAGAAAGAUUACUGUCCCCCCUCCUAGUUGUGUAAAGUUGAUAGUUGGUCUGUGCAAAGAAGGAAAUUUGGACCAGGCAGUUGAUCUGUUCCUAUAUACACUAGAAAAGGGUUACAAAUUAAUGCCUAGAGUUUGCAACUAUUUGCUUAGGUCUCUUCUUCGGUCUAAAGAUAAACAGAUGCUUGCCCUUGAUCUUUUGAAUCAAAUGAACUCUCACAGAUAUGAUUUGGAUGCAUACCUUUAUGGAUUUACCAAGUCUCUUUUGUAUAGACAUCGGGAUACAUGGAAGAUGAGAUGUCUGGCACCAGGAUGAAUUUUCAACUAAUGUGACGUGAAGGUUGCAGAAUAUAUAUCUUUUGGCUACUGUAGAGGCUUUUGACUCAACUUAUUCAGGAUUAAUGUGGCUGAUUCCUAUUUUAGGAUCAAUACUGGAUUUCAUUGAAAUUGGCUAAAGAGGCUUUUAGUUCAGAGUAAUGAUCUUUCAAGCCUGAACUUCGCCAAUCUUCUGUUUGCAUGAUUUCAUCAUGUAAUCCUUGUACAACAAGGACCAAGGAGCCUGUCACAUUUUUCUUUUCAUCUCUCUUUUGUAUACUUUUCUUUGAUUUCAAUACUGGAGUUCAAUUUUCAGUGGAGUGAUUCAAGAAUAACAAGAAGUUUUUGGAAAAUGGAUGGCAUCAAACUUUUGUAUGCAUCCUUGUGACUGUACACCGAUUUAGUUUGUAAAUUUAAUUUGUCAGAAAAGUAGGAAAAGUUCAUCUACAUGAAUAAAAGCUGCUUCACCGUUAAUUAAUUGCCAUCAUCUUUCUUUGUGAAUUUUCUCUUUAGUUUGGCUUAUAAUUGUGUUGCAGGGUUUCUAAUUGGUAUUUUUAAACUUGUUUACCAUGUGAUGAAAAAUCGGUGUGACUAUUAUUACAUUUUAUGCUAUUUUAACCUCCUUUUUUACUUUCUUCUUUCAGAUGGUUGUGGUUUGUAAAUGAUGUUUAUCAACUUGUUGGCCUAUAUUACUACUUCUGAUGCUGAAUGCUAAUAAUUUGUGAAUGGCAUAUGAUGUAAUCAAUCAUUCAGAUAACGCAAUGUUUUUCUUGUUCAUCUCCUUAUAUUAAGAGGAGCUGUGACUGCUCUGUACAUGCUCAAUUUUAAUGAUCCAGAUAUGUGUUUCCUAGUACCUGGUCUUCUUUCCUCUGUUGUAUGCUUUGCCGC